AUGCCUCUGGUCGCUAGAAAUUGUCCUCACAUGUGUACUCACUCGGAUGUCUCGCUGGUAGAGGCGGUUAUAGCCCAAAAAGAAAAGUUUAACAAGUGUUUUGACUGUGAUAAUGGUGGUCCGAAUUUAUGGCUGUGUCUCUACCCUGGAUGUCGGUGGGUUGGCUGCUCCGAGAAUCACCUGGACCACAACACGAUACACAACGCCAAGAAUCCAUCCCACUGUACCCACAUAAACCUCACGACCAACAGAAUUUGGUGUUACACUUGCAAAAGGGAGGUACUUGCCAGGCAUGUACCCUCGCCUCCGGUGUCACCUAGUCACAUGGAUGUCAAAUUUACCGGUAAUAAAUUUUUCGGAGAUGGUCAAGCUAAUUUUGACAACAAAGUUGAAGCUGAUAUGAGAGUUUUGGUCGACAGGUUUUACGGUAAUGAGAGAUAUUACCACGAAAAAUCUGGCGACACACCUGACAGCACAGAUUCAGAAGACAGCAAAGAUUUCCCGAGCAAACCUCGGGGUUUGGUUGGCCUACAAAACAUCGGAAACACUUGUUACAUGAACGCUGCAUUACAGGCGUUAUCUAACGUGGUUCCACUGACGCAGUAUUUCAUGGACUGCAGUCACAUGGUGGUAUACAUUGGGAAAGACAGGAAGCCAGGUCUCAGCUUGAGCUACAUGAACUUGAUAAAAGACAUGUGGAAUCACAAAACCCGGGGCUACGUAGUACCAAACGGAAUUUUGUCAGGAAUUCGCGCAGUAAACCCAAUGUUCCGUGGGUACCAUCAGCACGACACCCAAGAAUUUCUCCGUUGCUUCAUGGACCAGCUGCAUGAAGAACUGAAAGAACGGAUCGAGGACGACCGAGAAGCUAUUCAAAAUCUGAAAACUUUGGAGUCUUCAGACGAGGAAGAGACAGAAAUGGACGGCAAUGCGUCCAGUCAAUCCGACGCGGAGUACGAAACCUGCGACUCUGGUGUAAGCGAACAAAGUUCACUGAGCGACGAAGGGGAGCGCGGUAUGAAGCGUAGGUACUCGCGGGUUUCACAAUCAGAUAAGUUGAGAAAUAAAUUUACGACGCGAAAUAUUAAAAAAACUGCCAGCGAUGAGACUUUCUCUCAACCACAGAGGUCUAUCCAAAGUUCACCGACUAAACAUCGAGCCAAGAAGCCUGUAAAGACCAGGAGCAUAAUAAGCGACGUCUUUGAUGGAAAAUUACUGAGCAGUGUCCAGUGCUUGACCUGUGACAGAGUUUCUACAAGAGUUGAAACUUUUCAGGACUUGUCUUUGCCAAUUCCCAGCAGAGAUCACAUAGACAUGCUCCACCAAGGUUCGCUAACACCCCAAAAAGCUGGACCUUGCUCGGACGUGGUCUACGUGACGAAUCAGUCUGGCUGGAUCUCGUGGCUGGUCCAAUGGAUGCGUUCCUGGUUCUGGGGCCCGGUUGUCAGUCUUCACGACUGUCUCGCAGCAUUUUUCAGCGCUGACGAACUAAAAGGUGACAACGUCUACAGUUGUGAAAAAUGCAACAAACUCAGGAAUGGAAUUAAGUACUGCAAAGUCCUCGAAUUGCCUGAAGUACUUUGCAUACACUUGAAGCGGUUUCGACACGAGCUGAUGUUCAGUUCGAAAAUAGCCAGUUACGUGUCGUUUCCCCUCAACGACCUCGACAUGCGUCCUUACUUGCACAAGGAGUGUGUAUCAAAGGUCGCGACUUACGAUUUAAUUUCUGUAAUUUGUCACCAUGGAACUGCGGGAGGUGGUCAUUAUAUUUGCUACGCGCUUAAUGCCGACUCGAACCAGUGGUUUGAGUUCGAUGACCAGUGUGUCACCCAAGUUUCCCCCGAGACGGUGAAAAAUUGCGAAGCCUAUGUCUUGUUUUAUAAAAAGAGAUCCCCGGAGAUGCUCCAGUACAGAGAUAAAACGCUUGAAUUGAUGAAUAUUUCUUCGCGAGAGCCAGAGCUUAAUUUCUUCGUUUCCCGACAGUGGAUCAAUCGCUUCAAUACUUUUUCAGAGCCUGGGCCUAUUGAUAACUCAGAUUUCCUGUGUCCUCAUGGGGGUGUCAAUCCUGUGAGAGCUUCUUUUGUUGACAGGCUGAGUAUGCCGCUUCCUCAAGCUGUCUGGGAGUAUCUUUACAACACCUUUGGCGGCGGGCCAGCUUGCUCGCAUUUGUAUGAGUGUCCUGUCUGCGAAGAAAAAUACGAAACGCUACAAAAACGUCGCCAGUAUGAGACGGAUAUUUUUCAAAGAUAUAAUAAUAUUGAAAAUCCUACUGCGAUCUACGCGGUAGCGAUGUCCUGGUUGAGGCAAUGGCAGAGCUUUAUCAAGGGUAAAGAGACCCAGCCACCUGGUCCUAUUGAUAAUUCUUCUAUUAUUAUCAAUGUCAAUGGGAUGAAGGAUUUGAAAUCUGGUUCUGAUUGCGCUCAAGUUUCUGAAGAAGUUUGGCAGUGUUUCCUCAAUAUCUACGGCGGAGGACCAGAAUUAAUGCUUUCUUGUCUAAGGCCAGCUCAAGUCCAGUCAAAUGCUUCGUUACAUUCCACAUCAGCUCCUAAUUUGAUAGAACAGAGUCCUAAACAAAAUCACACGGAAGUUAAAGCAAGCAAUACCAGUAACAAAGUUGCUAAAAGCUCCGACACAAUUUCUCAGCAAGACAGUGCUAUCGAGAGUGUUCCAUCUGACUGUGAUUCACUUAAAUCACAAAGAGAUACUAAUACAUAA